GAUUCAUGCAUUCAUUUGCUCUCAAUCCGUCGAUGAGUAAGGAGGUGUUUGCGCGAGCUCUUUAGCUGGAAGAGUGGUAGUUUUGCGUAGAGUUAAACGUCUGCUAGCGGUGAUCGUGCGAAACGUGUGUUGUGGAUCGAUCGUACACCGUGGUGCAUCGUGAGAGUUGAGCGCGUUACAAAUAUUUCCAUCAGUGGCUAACAUACCAUCGUGCCAGUAAAGUCGUUAUUAAAACAUUGUGAAUAACAGCAAAACAGAUUCGUUGUUCCGUGUGCUCGGGCUCAUCGACAGUUGUAGUGAUUGAUCGUUGUGAUAGUGAGUUCCGAUAUCUUACCAAAGUGAUGAGUGCAGUGUUGUAAAUCAAAGUGCAAAGGUUUGCGGUGCCAAUGCGAGCUUCAAAGAAGGGCCAGUUUUGUACCAAUCAGCGGUAAGAGUACAGCCGUAAUAGUACCUGAAAUAUUCUCUCCACAAUAAUUGAUACACAAACAGUACGGCGUAUUUCUGGGUGAAUCAAUCGACCAUAUAUUUUUGGAGUGCUCUCAAAUAUGACCGUGCUACAUCUGCAUGAUAUCUCUGGUAUCUCCAUAGUGUAAAAAUGUGUAAAGUUGGUUGAACGCCCGCAAGUGCAGCCCACGCUCAGUAAUGUGUGACCCGCACAACUAUCCCGCGAUCCGGUGAUGUACAUUUAAUCGCUUGUAUGCAGCGCGCCUUGUUACUGUGUAAUAUUACUUAGCGUUUUAGGGUGGAGAGUGUUCUAGUGUGUUUGUUUGUUUGUUUGUUUGUUUGAUUGUGUUUUUAAUUGUUAUAGUUACACCCCUACCCCCUCCCUCAUUCGCUACCGGUCGGUGAAGCAAUGUGCAGCCCAGUAGUAGUAUGCCUAGUCUAGCGUCGCGCGCGGCCGCACAGUACGUUGUUGAGAGGCUGCAGUCGAACGUCCGCCGCGUAUUGCGAUGCACAAGGUCAGCACCCUACCGACCGGAACAAGAAUGAACCAGCAUCAAAGUGACCUAGUGACCUCAGUGACCGUAUCGAAAGGAAGUGGUGCCGCCGGGGCACAGAUCGGGCCGAAAUCUGCGCACGCUGCCAAUGCACCGAACGGUGCGUCCACGCUCAACAACAACAAUCUGAGCAGCAAAAACAAAAACCCUUCCGCCCAGCCGAACUCGCCGGACAGUGUCAUACAUAUGACCAACGUGAGCGUGCCGCCGAAGCUGCUCGUGCCGAACGGGAAGAGUCAGGCCCCGGCCGUACCGUCGGCACCGGACGCGCGGGCCAAGCAGGUGCUGAAGGAGGCGGUCGAUGCGGUUGUAAAUAGUUUUGCCAAACACACGCAAGGAUACGGGCGAGUGAACGUCGUCGAAGCACUGCAAGAGUUCUGGCAAAUGAAGGCAGCGCGCGGAGCGGACCUGAAGAAUGGCGCACUAGUGAUAUACGAAUCGAUUCCGUCCACCAGCCAACCGUACGUGUGCUACGUGACCCUGCCCGGUGGAAGCUGUUUUGGGAGUUUUCAGAACUGCCCCACGAAAGCAGAAGCACGGCGAAGCUCCGCGAAGAUAGCUUUAAUGAAUUCCGUAUUCAACGAACACCCGUCCCGGCGCAUCAGCGAUGAUUUCAUCGAGAAGGCGGUCACCGAGGCGCGUGCCUCGUUCAAGGGCGAUCAGAACCAGGAGGACGACGGGCCCGACACCGGCAUCGGAGCGUUCAGAUUCAUGCUGGAAACCAACAAAGGCCGCACCAUGCUCGAGUUCCAGGAGCUGAUGACCGUGUUCCAGCUGCUGCACUGGAACGGUUCGCUGAAGGCGAUGCGCGAACGGCAGUGCUCGCGGCAGGAGGUGGUCGCCCACUACUCGAACCGAUCGCUGGACGACGAGAUGCGCCAGCAGAUGGCGCUCGACUGGAUCGAGCGGGAGCACGAAAACCCCGGCCUGCUCAGCCGGGAGCUGGCUAUAGCCGAGAGAGAACUAGAGACUGCCCGUCUGGCGGGCCGGGAGCUGCGGUUCCCCAAGGAGAAGAAGGACAUCCUGCAGAUGGCGCACAACCAGCUGACCGGGGGCAGCAACAUCAACAGCUGAACCAGUCGCCUGCUGCCAUUUUUGUUUCUUCUCCCCCCUCCGAUCCCGCUUUCACCCCACUUCAACAUCCCGCGGUGGCCGCGGCGGACGCAUCUAACGCAAGCAAGCUAAUUUUAACUUACAUAUUAUUCUUAUUUUUUUGUUAGGCAUUUGUUUUUUUUUUUUAAAUAUGAAUCCAAUUAACGGCAACACAUUGCACACACAUACAUGGCCGUUGAUGACGCCGACGGUAGUUGACAGGCACGGCGUUACGGAAAUGAAAAAGCAUGUAGUAGAUCUCUGCUACCUGAACGAUUUUGUUUUAACUGCUUUCGAUUACAUUCGAUUUUAUAGCAAACGCUGUGCUAAGCACGACUCCACUAUCAUCAUCACAUCGAUCACGAGAUUGUUAGGCGUGAAAUAUCGAUCGAUGUCGUAUUGGCAAGUAACAAAAGUAAAACAAACAGAGGAAAAAAACGUAUUGCUAGAUGCAACGGUUCACCUACAAUGCUUGGCUACAUUAAAGAGCUAUCUUGCGCGAGAAACGCAACGUUUACAUUACUACCCAAGUAAACUUAGUUUCUUCCCCCCUUCUUUUCGGGAUCUAGAGAUUAAUUCUUCGUACAGGAAUCACUUUCUCCCACGAUCGUUUAUUAGCAAUCCGCGAAGCAUCCAAAAUACGGUCUCUCGUGCAAGCUAUUCAAACUGACUAACAUUUUAACGAACGACUGCAUCAUUCUCUUACCACUUGUACAUAAAAAGCGAGGUAGAAAGAGAGAAAGAGAGAGAGAGAUAGAGAGAGAGAGGGAGAGAGAGAGAAAGUGAGAGAAGAAGAGCACUAUCAUAUAGAGUCAGUACGAACAACGAAAGCGCGGAUCGAAAAAUGCGUUCUCUGUGGUCUGUGGUAAAGGUAACGAACGUGCGCAAGAGCAAGAACAAAGCAUCGAACGUUUAAACGUUAUUUUUUAACUUUACGUUUAAACAUUUUUAACCCACUCUUAACGUCUCCCUUCCCAAGGGCUGUUGAAAAUGCUACAGUUUUUGAGUAAAAUGGUUUAAUUUUAUUGUUCCUUUCACCUUUCGCAUGCAUGCUCACCACCACUCUCCUUCCACCCUUUCAAGCAUUGUGUUGAUUGCGUUUAAUUCAGAUGCCUGUUGACAGAGUAAUAAAACAGCAACAAAAAAUGUGAUUUUUAAUUUCGACAAGAUUAGGUAAUGUGCAAAAGCAAAACAAGAAAAAAAAGCAAAAUUUAUUAUUAUUUUUUCGUCGUGAACGCUAUUUAUUUAAAAAGGAUGAUAGAGAGAGAAUAAAAACGAGGAGGCAACAAAAAAGCUUAACAAAAAAAGAAGUAGAAGAAGUAGAAAGGCAAAACGGUGUUUUAUUUACAAUCGACAAUCGUUGACUAGGCUAGGUAAUGGAAAUUUUAUUAUUAUUUUUUUGCAACACGUGAAGCAACAACGCGAACUUGCAACAAAACAAAAACUUUCGGCCAAAUUUUAAUCUUAAUUGAAAUUUAUAACAAACAAAAAACAAAAGUUACGUGUUAGAAAGAAAAUACAAAAUGAAAAUGUAGAAGAAAUGAGACGGGAGAAAGAGAGAAAUAAUGAGAUAAGAAGAAGAAAAGUAUGUGCGAGAGAAAGAGAGAGAGAGAAAAAAGUAUAAAUUAAAGAAAAAAAUUCUAAUAAACAAAUCUAAACGAAGAAAUUGUGAUUCUUAUGUUUAACUAAAUUUACGAUAAUGUACGAUUACGAAAAGCGGCAACAAAUCAUACAACAGAAAAAAAGAAGGGAAAAAAAGAAAUCAAAACAAAAAGAAGCAACAAAACAAGCACAACAACGAUUUUAAGUCGACUACCAGCCACAAACCGUCGUUUGUUUCUAGUUUUACGAUUUGCUUCGUAGCAAAAUUAACUCAAAUACCACAACCCCAGUGGAAAAACAAUCAUUUCUGUCCCGUAACCCAUAACGCAUAUGCUUGCAGCCUUAAUAGAGUAUUUUGUUUUUAGUAAUUAUGAAGUAUCAUCAUUUUGUUUUCACCUAUCCACCCCCGGGGGGAUUGCCAGGAUCAGAUCAGUAGGACACGAAAUAGGAGAGAGAGAGAGAGGAGUGUUUUUUUUUCUUUUCUUUUUAAAUCAAAUCACGCUAGCGCGCGCUGCUAAUGACACAACGAAUAACAAACAACACACGUCUCCGUUACGUAUUUUGUAAUGAAAAGCAAAUAAUACGCAUUGUACAACACAGCACCGAGCGAGCGAACAUUGUGGCGCGUGAUACAAAUAAAUGAAUUUUAACAAUAUACAUACAUA